GGGGGAAAUGUCAAUUGGUACAUGAUAUGAAAUGUUCCAACAAUGGUCUACCUUCUAUACCAGUAUGUCGUUCAGAGUCUACGCGGUAGGACCUGUGACAGGGAAUGAUAGGGAUAUUGAUCGGAUCAUUGCUCUCUCCUGCUCAUCUGGGUCUCGUCGGUAUCGGCGGUGGCAUUCCUUCCCCAGAUGCUGAUAUCCAGCUCGGAGACGUGGUCAUCAGCACUCCAUCUGGGUCGCAUCCAGGCGGCGUGCAAUACGAUCUGGGCAAGCGAUACCAUGGCAAGUUCGAGUGAAACAGGACAUUUAGCUGCUCCGCCAGAGGAAUGGCUUCUCGCUAUCAGCCAGAUGAAGAAAUGGGAAGAUUAAUAAUCUCCAGACGGUUUCUUCACAGGGAAGUGUGUAUUAGGGAUUUAACUGCAUGGGAUACAUGGUGCGUCACAGGGUUGCAGCUUGCUUCAGGUGGGUAUGUGGGUAUGUCCCCUUUCUCCUUCCCGUAUAUCCCGGGAUAGUUCACAGCGGGUGGAGGAGGAGGAGGAGAUACGUGGGGAUCUGGUGUGCAGGAGCGGUCUUCAAUUCUCGGCUAGAU